AACAUUAUAAAAACUGGUUUGACGAGUUUUGCAAGUUUUUCGUAAAUAACUGAGAAUUUCUUCAGUUCCUUCCCCACCAAACGGACGUCACAGUAGUAAACGAAACCCAGGAUUUUGGGUUCCCGUCGUUGCAGUUAGAACGCAAGUGUAGUAUCAUUGACAAGAUUUGGAGAGUGUUCAGUAGAGUGGGUCGUGGUGCAGUUCGUCGCGUUUCGUGGCGGAAGAUAGUCGCGAUGUUACUCACUGUGGCCGCCUUCGCCGCGGCUUUCGUCGCUACUUACCUCUUUCUAGGCUUUCUCUACACAAUCGGACUUUCUAUAGUGCUUGGUGUCCUAUAUGUUCUCGUGUUCCACUCAAGAUUUUGUUUUGUGUUUGCGAAGACAGUCCCCAGAGACCUCUAUGCACUGUUCUGCUAUAUCAAAAUAUUAUGGACAACCCGAAGAUAUUCAUGGAAAAACUGGACCAUACCCGAUAUAUUCCACGAUACAGUGGAGAAACAUCCAAACAAGCCUUGCUUCUUGUACCAAGAUGAAGUUUGGACCUUCAAAGAGGUUGAGGACUUCAGCUUACGAGUAUCAGCGACUCUCAAGGCCCAGGGGGUGAAGAAGGGCGACAUAGUGGGACUGUUGAUGAACAACUGUCCCCAGCUUCCCGCCUUCUGGCUCGGCAUCUCCCGGCUUGGGGCAAUCACCCCGCUCAUCAACACCAACCAAAGAGGCAAUGCCCUCAUACACUCCAUCAACGUCGCCAAAUGCAACGUUCUUAUAUUCUCUGACGAAUAUCAACCAGCAAUCCAAGACGUAGCUGGUCAACUGGGCUCAGACUUGAAGCUCUUCAAGUUUACGCAGCGACCGUUGAACACAACCAACCCAGUCAAACCUGGUGCCACUGGGGACAGUAUCACCGACAUCACUUGCCUGCUAGAGGCUACUCCUCCUGCGCGCUGGAGUCUGGCCGAUGGAGACGGCUUCACUGGAAGAUUGCUGUACAUCUACACUUCUGGAACCACUGGACUGCCGAAAGCAGCUGUCAUUAGCAAUGCGAGGUUCGUGUUCAUGGCGGCAGGACUCCACUUCUGGCGGUUCAAGCCGGAUGACGUCAUCUACUGCCCGCUGCCCCUGUACCACACCGCCGGCGGGGUCAUCAGCGUCGGUCAAGCGUUGUUGUUCGGCUGCACCGUCGUCAUCAAGCCGAAGUUCUCCGCUUCACAGUACUUCCCUGACUGCGUCAAGUAUAAAGCUACAGUAGCACAUUACAUCGGGGAGAUGUGUCGAUACGUGUUGGCCACGCCUCCGUCGCCGGCCGACACGCAGCAUAGCGUGCGAGUUAUCUUCGGCAACGGACUUAGACCACAGAUCUGGAAAGACUUCAUAAAGCGAUUCAACAUAAAGCACGUGGUAGAGUUCUACGGCGCUACCGAAGGCAACGCGAACAUAUGCAACACGGACGGGACGCCCGGCGCUAUAGGCUUCGUCUCAAGAAUCAUACCCGCAGUCUAUCCCAUUGCGAUCAUCAAGGUUAAUCAGGAAACUGGCGAGCCCAUUCGGGACUCUAAUGGACUUUGUCAGUUAGCGCAACCGGACGAGCCAGGCGUGUUCAUAGGGAAGAUCAACCCGCACAACCCAGCCCGCGAGUACCUCGGCUACGUCGACAAGACCGCGUCCGAGAAGAAGAUUGUCAAAGACGUCUUCAAACACGGAGACUCGGCGUUUAUUUCUGGUGAUAUCCUGGUAGCUGACGAGCUGGGCUACCUGUACUUCCGCGACCGUACUGGGGACACGUUCCGGUGGCGAGGAGAGAAUGUGAGCACUACCGAGGUGGAGGCCGCCAUAUCACGCGUCGCCAACCACCGAGAUGCCGUCGUUUAUGGAGUACUGGUGCCAAACACAGAGGGUAGGGCGGGCAUGUGCGGCAUAGUGGACGCGGACGGGACCCUCAACAUGGACAAGUUGGCCAAAGACCUGGCACGAGACUUGCCUGCCUACGCGCGGCCUGUCUUCGUGAGGGUCAUGAGCUCUAUGGACAUGACGGGUACAUUUAAAAUGAAGAAGACUGAUCUACAAAAGGAAGGUUUCGACCCAUCUUUAGUAAAGAAAGAUAAACUUUACUACCUCGAUUUAAAGCAAGGGAAGUAUCUUCCACUAGGUCCGGAAGAAUACAAGAAAAUUGAAUCUGGACUCAUUAGAUUGUGAAUUGUAGGUUUACUUAUCUGUUUUGGUGUUUAUAGACGUAAAUAAAUAGGCCGGAGUCAAUUCGAUAACGAUAAAAACAAUAAUGCUUGGGACACAAAGCCGGGGAAGCGGGACUAGCAGUGUAGAAUAAAGAAUAAUACUGCGCAUAAAACGGGUUUUCCCGCCCCGCGCCGUUUAGCUUCGGGCGCCGAGCUAGAGUUACCUCACCCCCUCUGGGUUUAGACUGGGACUUAGACUAAAGUCUAAAUGGCCGUAAGACGCUAAGGAGUAAGAGGGAGCGCGCGCGGCCUCUGUCUCGCUCGCACUUACGCGGUAAGGCGGUAUACGGUAAAAAUGAGAUUUUUUGUAUUGUUUGUAUGAAACUGCAAACAAAAUCCUGUCGCCCCGGCCUACUUGUCCCGCUUUCCAGGCUCUGUGUGUAUCAAGCUUAAUUAGUACGAAUGGCUUUCUUGUAAUAAGAAAAUAGGACUUUAGAUAGACAAAAAUAACACAAUACGUAAAACGCAGAUACUCCAUAAUUAUAGCAACAGUUGCAACAGUCUCUGGAAUUAUUAGUUGCGCACAAUAUAAUACCAUAUCGCGUAUUUUGAUGCAAAUUAUAGUUUCAUGCAUGUGUUAUUGGAAUAUAAGCAAUAAAUCGCAUAAUCUGGGCAAUUUGUUAGUCGAUCGUACGAUUCCGCAUUAUUGAAUAGGAUUUCAUAGAGUUGAUAGAGCAGAAAUAUUCAUGUUUAUUGUAAACAUAGGCCUCAUCCCUCUCAGGAAGACGACUUAGGCAGUGUCUGUAACAUUACUAUACGCUGUUAUAUACUUAAACAAGAAUUAGAAUCUAGAUUCUCAAAGAAAUGGCCAAAAAUAUAUUUUUGAAUAGGGCAUUUCUGAUCGCAAUAUUAGCUUUUUAAAAUUUUUGAUACUGGCUCUCUUCUAUCGUGUGGGUUGUGAGGUGAAUUACCAACUUCAUCAACCCACACCGGCGGAUAACGGCUGAAUUGCCCACAAAUAAAAGUAGGAACUUUAGCGGUCAUAACAGCAAAAGAUCCGUUUAAAUAUGAAAGUGCAACUGAAGUUAAAGAGUAAGUAGAUUCUAGAAUCUUAUAACGUGAUAGUGGCAAUGCAUAAUAUAACCUGUUACUACAGAAUAAUACUUGUUUUUGAAAUGUAUAGCAAUAGAUUAGAAUGAUCUUUAAUACUCCGUGAUUAUAGUGAAAUAAAAUUUCACUCACCCGAAAUGCGAAAUGAAUAUAAUAAUGUGAUAAAUCGAAUCUUAUUUUUUUACAUUUUUAUUUAUGUGUGCUUAAAAAGUAAAAUAAUUUAUGUCAUAACAGCAAUCUAAUUGGUUUUAUAAUAUUGAAAUAAAAUAAAUAUAAUUAUAAAGCAAUGAAUAUUGGUAAAGGGGCUAUUUGUAAUAAUUUUGUUGUAAUUGUUAUUUUUUUUAUAAUAUUAUUUGUAUCAAAGAAUCAUCAUUGCCUUCGAAUUUAAAUAAUUUUAUUCGAAUUUAUUUAGUUUUAUAAAGUUGCUAAGCAAUUUAAUUUGUAGUAGGUGACUUGUUUUAAAUAAAUGGACACGGAAGAUUAUAUUGUUACCUUCGUACUUAUAUAUUUUUUAAAGAAUUUAAGGUGUUUUAAAAAUCUGUUUAUUUUUAGCAUAUGAAACUGAAACUUUAACUAGCAUUUGUACUUGCCUGGUGUUUUAUAUAAUUUAUUCAACUAUCGGAAUAUAUUUUAUACAUUCCAGUUUCAAUGCCUGUUUCGGGUGUACAAUAAUGUUUUUGUUUUUAAUAAACGAUAAGCAUAAUAAAAUAAAGCAAUGGGUGAUAGCGGGACGAAAUAAAUGAAUAUAAUUAUUUUUA